CUAUGGGUAAAAACGCAUACACGUCAUCAUCCUGCGACAACAUCGCCGUGUGGCUCAGCACGUCACUCGUGUGGCAGCUGUGAGUGUUUCCAAAAUUGAUUGACAACGACGUAAUAACCUAGUUCGCAUUGUAUGGUUUAUAAUAAUGGCGUCGAAACGGAGUCAGGACAAAUGUGAUAAAAGUGGGAAGAAACGGCAGAAGAAGAGUGAGCAAAGAGCGGAACUUACUUCAGUGCUCCAGGAUGAGCAGCUGAAGAGGGAAGUGAAGGAAGCGUGGAGCCUUAAGAGUCGCUGCAUGCUUGGGGAUCUAGAGCUGGACUGCCACCCUUUUCCUCACUGCAUCAUUAAAAACUUCCUCAGCAGCGAGACAUUUGUGGAAAACCUGCAGAGGGAACUCUUGGAUCUUAACUUUCACGAGAAGUCAAAUGAUCUCUACAAAUUUAAGCAGUCAGAUGACCUUAAGAAGAGAAAAGAGCCACAUAUUGCAGGACUCAGGGCAGCAGUGUUUCAGCCUUUUCGCUCCUGGCUGUGUGAAGUGUUGGGUUUGGAACUGGAGCCCACCGUGGAUAUUUCAUGUGCCAAAUAUGAGUACACAGAUGUUCUCCUGUGUCAUGAUGAUGAACUGGAGGGAAGACGCGUUGCUUUUAUUCUCUAUCUUGUGCCUCCAUGGGAAAGCAGUGAUGGAGGAAGCUUGGAUCUAUAUGCAACAGAUGAUAAUCUUCAGCCAACGAAUAUUGUGAAGUCACUUGUACCAUCCUUGAACACACUGGUCCUCUUUGAAGUUUCUCCAGUUUCCUUUCACCAAGUUUCAGAAGUUUUGUCACGAGAUAAGUGCCGUCUCUCUCUGAGUGGCUGGUUUCAUGGACCUACACUGGAGCGUCCUACUCGCUACAUAGAGCCACAAAUACAACGGAACCCACACUUGCCCAGAGAUGAGACACUGCUGCUGGAGUGGAUCAAUCCAAUUUACCUGGACAUUGCCUAUCAGGAAAAGAUUCAGGAAGAGUUUGAGGACAGCUCUGAAAUUCAGCUAAAAGACUUUCUUAAGGAGGAAAAAUUUAGGGAAGUGGCUGAAGCACUCUCUCAGAUUCAGUGGACCAGGAGAGGUCCACCAAACAAGAGAUGUUAUGAAGUGGCCUCUGUGCACUCCUUACCUCAGUGUGUGAGUGGCUGCUGGGAGCUGCUUCAUUCUGAGGCCUUCUUCCUGCUGCUUUCCAACUUCACUGGUCUCCGACUGCACUUCCUGUGCCCUGCUGAUGAUGACGAGGAGGAGACAGAGGGAAAUAUAGGCGACAAAAAAGCCACUGUGUCUGCAAAUGGAUCAGAGUCAUCAAAUACAAGCCAAGAGAAAGAGCUGAGCACACCUGUGUGUUGUGGUGAAGUACGUCAGUGGUCUCAUGGCAGCUACACUCUGCUGCAUGAUGGUGAGGCAGCAAGGGCAGAGUAUGCCCUAGAUCUGGUUUUACCAUUUGGCUGUAAAGACUGGCAGUCAGAGUUUGGAGGCUUCACCUGUUAUGUUGCUAAUGAGGAAGAUGAGGAGCUUCUGACUGUUUAUCCAGAGGACAACUCACUCGCCCUGGUCUACAGAGACAAAGAGACACUAAGAUUUGUCAAACAUGUCAACCACAAAAGCUUUUCUGAUUUUGCAGAACAAAGCAAAGGCUGUAGAGCAUUUUUUGACUUCUCCUUUGUGUACUAUGAAUAAAUCACAUUUUAAGCUA